AAAAACAUUGAAGUACAUCUACAGUUUCACCUAUAUUCAUUUGGUCUCUUCUUCUUUACUCUAUUAAAGGAUCUAGAAACCUCCUUCACAACAAAGAGAGAGUGAGAGAGGUCUCUUCCAAAACAGAGCUUUUUAAAAAUUGUUUCUUUUUUCUUACUGGGAAAGGAUGGAUCUAGAAGAUUGGGAAAUACUCCCCAAGAAUCCCUACAAGGAUCUUGAUCAUGAAGAGGAUCAUGAGGCAGCGAUGAAGAUCAUUAGAAAUACCGAAAACAACUUCGACAUGGAUUACUUCAUCUGCCCAACACAAGAUUCUGUCGGAAAAACAGAGUUGGUCCCCACUCAGCUCAUCCAUGUUCCCGUAACUUGGGAACCCGUGUCCACCGUGGACGAGACAGACCACAAGAAGAACCAGGACUCUGUUCCGUCUCCGAGAUUAACCUUCAAAACAGAGAAGGAAAACGAAUUUGUCGACAUGAAAAUAGACUUACCGGAGAGGUUAACAAGUCCUAUGCCUCAGAACGAUGAGAAACACUAUGCCUUAGGAGGAGAGUACCAUGAUGAGAUGGGAACAGAGGUUGAAGAAGGCGGUGGCUUGAGCAGCAAGAAAGAGGUUGAUUCGGAUGAAAAUGUGAAAUAUGGUGAGAAAAUGAAUGUGUGGAAGAUGGGUCUUCAUGGGAUUGGAGCUAUAUGCUCAUUUGGUGUUGCUGCUGCUGCUGCCACCUUCUGUGUCUUCUUCCUUGGACACAACAAUAACAUCCAGGGUUGUCGGAACAAGAACCAGAACCAGAUCCUCAGGUUCCAGAUUUACUCUGAUGAUAAUAAGCGAAUGAAUGAAGUGGUGAAGCAUGCAACAAAGCUAAACGACGCAAUCUCUGUGAUGAAAGGUCUUCCAUUGGCAAGAGCUCAGAUAUCUUUUGGAGGAUACUAUGAUGCACUUUGAGAUCACAAGCCAUAUCCGUUUGGAAUAAUAAAAACAUCAGAUCCAAAAUGCCUAGUACUGUUUAAAUUACCAAACAGGCUCUUAUAUAUACUGUAUGAAUCUAGGAAAUUCAAUAAAUAAUGUUUAUAAAUUCUACAUUGUUUUUCGAAUGUAAAUUUUGUGAACGAUGAUGUACACGAGAUUAUACAAUUACUGAUUGGUUAUAAAA